UCUUCAUAAUGGCCGAGGCAGCAUCAAUAGGAGAUGCUUUACAGAUUCUCGGUGACCCGUCGGGGAGGCAAGACUCUGACUACUGGAACGCUUGGUUCAAGGCGGUUUGCCUGAAUCCCGAACAUCGAGUAUUCGAGUGGUACUGCAGUACCAAUGAGGUCAUCCGAGUGUUGUCCAACUACAUUGGAGAUGCUAACAUCCUUUCAGACAGACACAGGAUAAUGCAUCCAGGAUCGGGAACGUCGCUGCUUCCAGUAAGACUGUCGCAGAUCUACCCGUAUCGAAAUGUGGUAGUGGACGUAUCCGAAGUCGCGAUCGACGAGAUGAAACAACUCCACCGGAUGCAAUUCGAAGGUGUUAACCAAGGAACAAAGGCAGCUUCAGUCGAGUACCGUGUCGCCAAUCUUCUAGAGCCGGCACUCGAUUUCGAGGCAAACUCCUUUCAUUUUUGGAUCGAUAAAGGUUUCGUCGAUGCUGUUUUUUCAAAGGAAGGAAAAGAAGUGAACCGCUCACAAGAAGAUCAUCUUUUUCUUGAAAUAAAUCGUGUUCUUACGUCGGAAGGCGGAACUGCGCUUAUUGUUUCUCUGGCGGAAGAUCACUCUCUUCAAUUAAUUGUCAACAAUUGGCUGCGGGAGUGUAUCGCUUGGAAAGACCGUCUUGAUGUUUGGGAGCUCACGCCUGUGAGUGGAGAUAUGCCACCGUUCUGCUUCGUGCUGGCGAAAGCCUCUGGCAAUGCCGCAAAAAAUGGAAGACGCGUAAAUUUUCAUUACAUACACAGUAAAAGCCCCGAAGAGAUAUAUGUGAACAAUGCGGAAGAAGGUAUUGCGAAAAUCGGUUUUCAUAUUUCACAGUCCAGAGCGGCAUUUGCGCAACGCUUGAGUUCUCCCAACAAGCCAAAGAUAUCAAUUCGAAGGAUUUUGGCAAUCCUGGAAAUUAAGCCGUACGACGCCGAUAUGGAUUUAAAAGUGUUGGCGAACGUCAUACAAUCUACAGUUUGGAAAAUGGCAGACAAACUAACAAUCCUGCCGCAGUGGUAUCCCUUUCCAGGUGGAGAUCUGCAGAAGAUUGUUCCCGUUGCUUACGGCAUUUCCAAACUCCAACUCAAGUGCAUUAUUCCUGAGGACGAUAUCGACAAACUUGUUGAAGCAAUCAAUGAGUGGGAAGGGAAUGAUCAGUUUAGCGAUGGUGUGCAAUCGGUGGACGUGGACUGGGCCAAUACAGUGCCUGUUGGCGACGCAAUUGAGAUUUUACGCAAUCGAUAG